GAAGAAGCUUUGUAAAAUUAUGAUUCAGCAAUUGAGAAAAAUCCAGAAAAUUCUGACUUAUAUUAUAAUAAAGCUAUUACAUUAGAUAUAAUGAACAGAUUUGAAGAAGCUUUGUAAAAUUAUGAUUCAGCAAUUGAGAAAAAUCCAGAAAAUUCUGAAUUUUAUAAAGGCAAAGCUAUUACAUUAGAUCAUAUGAAUAGAUUUGAAGAAGCUUUGUAAAAUUAUGAUUCAGCAAUUGAGAAAAAUCCAGAAAAUUCUGAAUUUUAUAAAGGCAAAGCUAUUACAUUAGAUCAUAUGAAUAGAUUUGAAGAAGCUUUGUAAAAUUAUGAUUCAGCAAUUGAGAAAAAUCCAGAAAAUUCUGAAUUUUAUAAAGGCAAAGCUAUUACAUUAGAUCAUAUGAAUAGAUUUGAAGAAGCUUUGUAAAAUUAUGAUUCAGCAAUUGAGAAAAAUCCUCAAAAUUCUGACUUAUAUUAUAAUAAAGCUAUUACAUUAGAUCAUAUGAAUAGAUUUGAAGAAGCUUUGUAAAAUUAUGAUUCAGCGAUUGAGAAAAAUCCAGAAAAUUCUGAAAUAUAUAAAGAAAAAGCCAUGACGUUAUAUAUAAUGAAUAGAUUUGAAGAUGCUUUGGAACAUUUUAAUUCUGCACUUUAGAUAAAUCCUGAAGAAACCAGAUAUUAUAUUGGCAAAGCUAAUGUUCUAAGUGAGAUGAAUAGAUUUAUGGAAGCUUUGAGGAAUUUUGAUUUGGCCAUUUCUAAAAAUUCAGAAGAUUCUACAUAUUACUUCUACAAAGCAAUGACUCUAUGCAAGAUGAUUAGAUUAGAAGAAGCCUUACAGAAUUAUGAUUUAGCAAUUUCAAAAAAUCCAGAAGAAUCACAGUAUUAUAAUUACAAAGCGGUUACCCUAAUUAAAAUGAACAGAUUAAGAGAAGCAUUAGAAAACUUUGAAGUAGCAAUUUAGAAAAAUCCAGAAGAUUCUAAGUGUUACGCAGGCAAAGCUCAAACUCUACAUAAAAUGAAAAGAUUAGAUGAAGCCUUAGAAAAUUAUAAUUUAGCAAUUUAGAAAAAUCCAGAAGAUUCUUAGUUUUAUAAUAAUAUAGCUAUUAUUCUAAGUGAAAUGAACAAAUUAACAGAAUCGCUAAAAUAUUUUGAAUUAGCAGGAUCAAAAAAUACCAAAGAUUUAAUAUAUUAUUUCAACAAAGCUAAUACUCUACUUAAAAUGAACAAAUUGGAAGAAGCUUUGUAAAAUAUGGAAUUAGCAAUUUAAGAAGAUCCAGAAGAUUCUAUUUGCUAUAAUGGAAAAGCUGUUAUUCUAAGUUAAAUGAAAAAAUUAGAAGAAGCUUUGGAAUAUUAUGAAUAUGCAAUUUAGAAAAGUCCUAAUGAUUCAAAUUAUUACUUUAAUAAAGCUGAUGUUCUACAUUAAUUGAAAAGAUAUGAAGAGGCUUUGAAAUAUUAUGAUUUAGCAAUUAAACGAAAUCCUGAUGAACAUUAUUUCUUUAACAAAGCAAAUACCCUAAUCUAAAUGAACAGAUUGGAAGAUGCUUUAGAAAAUUUUAAUUAUGCAAUUUAGAAAAAUCCUGAAAGUUAGCAAAAUUACAUAAAAAAAGCUCAUAUUCUAUUUAUAUUGAAAAGAUAUGAAGAAGCAUUGAAAUAUUUUGAUUCUGCAAUUUAGAAAAAUCCUGAUGAUUCAAAGUAUUACUGUGACAAAGCUACGACUUUAUAUGAAAUGAAGAGAUUUUAAGAAGCUUUGAAAAAUUUUGAUUUAGCCAUCGCCAAAAAUCCAGAAGAUUCAACGUUUUACUUCAGAAAAGCAAAUACUUUAAUUGAAAUGAAGAACUUUGAAGUAGCUUUGAAAUAUUUUAAUUUAGCCAUUUAGAGAAAUCCUGAUGAUUCAAAGUAUUACUUUAACAAAGCUACUACUUUAAUUUAAAUCAACAGAUUUGAGGAGGCUUGGAAAAAUUUUCAUUAUGCAAUAUAAAAGAAUCCUGAUGAUUCAAUGAUUUAAGAUCUAAUUCAUAAAAUGAAUAAAUUUUAAGAAGAAUUUAAAAUUUAAAUGAAAACCAAUCCAAUAAUCCAAGCUUAUACAUUAAAUUCCUUCAAUCAAUUUUAGGAGGCGUUAAAAUUUGUCAAUUUUAGAAAUCGGAAUUCUAAUAUGGCUGAUGAUAAUGAACUAAAAGCAAACAUAUUAAAAUCCAUGAUUAAGAUUAUGGAAGUACUUAAGUUUAUUGAUGAGUUAAUUAAUAGAAUUGAGAGUUCUAAAUACUAUACAGAAAAAGCUGGCAUGUAAAACAAAAAGAACAAUGAACCAUAAAACUACAAAUGAAAUUAUAAUGAAAAAUAAAUAAUGAAUUUAUUAACCGAGUGAU